AUUAAUUAAGACGUCACAGAUAUUAUAGUUUGUCAUAAACACAACUCAGAACAAAUCGAAAAUUCACAGUGAUAUUUGCAAAACAUAUUAUGGAAAAUUUAAGGAUGGACAACGCUAAAACAUUAAAAGACAGGGGGGACAAUGCCAAGAAGAACAAAAUAAGAGCCAAGAAAGACGUGAAAACCAAAAACGACAGAGGGGAUUCUCAAAUAAGGUCAUUUUUUGAUAAAUCUUCAGAAUCCGUGAAACGAGCAGAAAUAAAAAGUGAGGCUCCAAAAACUUUUGAUAUAACAAAAAGACAGAGUGAAUACGAGAAAGAGAAUAAAAAAUUGAUGGAAAAAAGAAGAAAAAUAAGAGAUAAGUAUACAAUUAAAAACUAUUUAGGACCGGAAGUAAAUAAACAGGUCGCUCCAAAGGAAGUUAAAGUUGAAAUUAAGAAAGAUGUCGCUAUGCCUUCGAAACAGGAACAGAAUGACAAAAUCAUUCUAACAAAAUCAGACACGAAGACAUACAAAAUAGAAAAGGAAAACCAAAAAGUACCGGUCAUAAAGACAAUAACAUGCAAACACGACUCACGAGUAUACAAGGCCGUCACCUUCCGAGCGCCGAGACAGAAGCCUACGUCCUUACAAAUAAACAUUCCGACUGUCACAAGGAACAACAACCACAUUAAUAGGAUACCGAAACUAAUAAAACAGAAAUUAAACACGCCGAGCAAAACCAGCGUUAAGCCGAAUACCGAGAAAAAGAUCGGUAGAAAAUGUAGACGUUGGACUCGAGGUCAGAUAUCGUCACCGGUUCUGAGAACGGGGCACUCACCUACGACUGAAGUGGCGAAGUGGGCGCCGGACUGCAUCAACAAACACACGAAACCGUACUACGAGGCCUGGAUAAACACCACGCUGACCGCCAUAUCUAAGGACACGAAGGGAAAGAAUCUCAACGCCAAGCAGCUUAUGAAAUCGUUCAAGCAAGCCCUGGAGAGGGUGCAGAGCCCGGAUCUAGUGUAUAAAGACUUCACAGACGAAAGGAACGUCGGCAGAAUCAAAAUAAACCACAAGUGACGUGUUGUCUUUGA